UUUUCUCAACUCCAUCAUUGUGAAACUUGACACAGAACUGUGGUUUUGAACUUGUACUUUUCCUUGUUGGUGUGGGUUUGAACUUGUAUUCUGUUUCCCAUUCUUGCUCUCUUGUAUUUCAGUGUAAAGAGAAAAUACAGUUUUUAUCACCUGCUCAAUGCACUGUACUGGGCUAAUUGAGUGAAGUCCAAGUGAUGGUGACAGAAAGAGUAUUAAUUCCUUUUUUCUUCUGUUUCUUCAAUUUCUGUAAUCGCUCUCAGCUAUAGAAGACAAAAUAAGAUAAUAAUUUAGAUAACAUUUCUUCAACAAGAUUAGUACUGUUAUGUGCUGCUUUUCCCAAAACAAUCGGCAAGAGGUUUGCAUGACAGUUACAUGACCCUUGCAGACUUCUUGAAAACCAAGAGGUGGAAUAACAGCUCCUUCCUAUCUCUUCCUCAGUCCAUAGGCCAGGAGGCAAUUGGAUGCUGCCACAGGUCCUGGUGCUCACAGUGUGCUUGCAGAGCAUGCAGCUGCAGCCAGCUGCCACUGAAAAUGCUUUGCACUCCAUGGCAUGCUGACAAAAUGCCUUGUCCUUAAGGUGUUACUUUUCCUGCAUGUGACAGAUGUUAUCUUCUUUUCCUAAGUAAGAAAGGUACUUCUGCAUUUACAGCAAUGGCUUCCCUACCCUCAGAAGUGUCACAAUUUCUUCCUUGUAAGCCAUCAUGGCCAUGCUGCUCCUGUGGAAAUUUUUCUUGAAAGUCUGCUGAAAUUUCUUAUCGUCUCUCUACCUCUUCUCUUUCAGGUAAGAACAUCAAUGGGACUUGCACAGCUACUGUUAAUUGUGAUAAAACCUGCAAUGGUGAUGCUGCAAUGGAAAACAAGAUAGAUAGAUCUGUAACAUCUUCCAAAGAAUGAGUACAAGACAUUUCAGGAAUGUUCCCUACAUGUAACUGUUCCUACAAUGCAAGUGUGAAAAGCUACACUUACCCUUCUAGAGCUGCCAUAUGCGGACAGGACUGGUUAUCCAAGAGGAGUGUGAAGCAGAUGGAAUGUACCGAUAUAGGCCAGCUUUUGGCCUUUGGUACCUGGCACUGUGGUGUGUCAUGAGCCUCAGCAGAUUUUACGUGUGUCAAGAUGGAAGAAGACUUCUUAGUCUGAAGUGCUGCCUAGAGACACCUUGAAUAUGAUUGGUGAUGCCAAAAAAACUUUCUGUAAACCUCCAUAUCCAAGAAGCUGAGGCUAGGACUGCCUCUCUUCCCCAGGCUGCAGAACGCUCAUUGACGUUUGCUGUGAGAGUAAGCAGUUCCCAGCUUUCUGGAGGGCAGACCUUCAGCAUAUGCUCUUCUGCUCCUCAAGAUGACAACAAGAGACAAAUCAUGGAUUCAGCAUCUGUGUCUGAAAAUGGCUACCUUGAUUUGUUGCUUUGUGAUAUUGAUCCAGUGCAUCUAUUUACAUUCUCAGAUCCUAAGUUAUCUGGAAAUGAAGGUGAAUUCUUUGCAGAUCCUGAAAUUGAUACCUGCAACUAUGAACAAUUCAGUAAUAUGGAUUUCCUGUGUACAGUGGAAAAUGAUGAAAAUGAGGAUGAAUUGUAUCUCUCUUCCAGUGCCAGAGAUGCUUAUGCUAGAAUAGCUGAAUUAGCAGAAUAUGUGCUCAAGGAUCAGCAUGAGAAGCAGGUGGAAGAUGCUUUUGCAGGAAACCUUAUUUUGGAUGAAAUGUCUCUUGAAAAUACUGAGAAAUUCACUGAUGUAAAGAAGCAGAAAUGUCACAAAAGAACCUUUUUAGGCUCUGCAGAGAAUUUCUCUGAUGCUUCAGAACCUAAAUACAAGAAAAUUGUGGAUGCCCCUGCAGUAUCAACAGGGAAUGGAUGUUUCCUUACAAUGUCUCUCAACAGCCAUUCAUCUGACUGCACCCCACUAACUCACCAGCACAUGUCCUUUCCUGUUCCCACUAUCAAUCCACUGGGAAAUUUUGUAAUUCCUGGAUCUUCAGUACCUUUGAUUCCAGAAAGUCUGCCACUUGGCAUGAGAGACAACAGAGAGAAUAUAGACUUUGUGGAUCCUGCUCAGCAGAAAAUUAAUUAUUUUCUUGGAAAUGGCCCAUCUAAUGCUACAAAAUAUCCAGCACUGACUUCCUCCACUGAAUUAAUGGUAUCCCCAAGUUUUCAAGUUAAUUUAAAUGGCUUAGAAAUGUUCAAAGAAGUCCAAGUUCCAGUACUUUUUUCUGAAGAAACUUCAAGAAGACCAAGGUCAGUGGAAGCUUUCUGUACAUCACUUAUGGAUUACUUCCGAGACGUAUGCAAAUCUGUGUCUGUGGAGCGUGAAAUGUCCCUUGAUCACAUGUAUAUUGAUGGUACACUUAGGCAAAGCCAAAUUGAAACCAAGCCUGGGAAGAACAGUGUAAAAUCAGUGGAAAAGGAUUCGGUAACUUACAGUCAGCAAGGGAAGGAAAAGGCAAUCCUUGAAAGAAGCCAAAUAUUUCAAAUCCCAGGUGGUAAAGAGUUAGAGACUAAAGUGAUUGUGGUGCUGGGAAAGGCAGGAAUGGGCAAAAGCAUUCUUGCUCAGAAGAUCUGCCAGGACUGGUCCAACGGAGAGUUUCCUCAGUUUGAAUUUGUCUUUUGGUUUGACUGCAAACAAAUAAGCUUGCCUGAGAAGUGGUACAGCUUGAAAGAUCUGCUUCUUGAUUUUUUUGUAAAACCUCAGGAGGGAAGCAAAGAGAUCUUCGAGUAUAUACUUCAAAAUUCUACUAAAGUCCUUCUGGUUUUUGAUGGUUUGGAAGGGUUGCAUGGCCAUGAGAAUUUUCCUCAUUGUUCAGCCAGCCAGCCUAACAAAGACUUGUGCCGCAUGAAGGAGCUGCUCUCGGGACUCAUCCAAAAGAAGAUACUCAAUGGCUGUACUUUAUUACUUACAGCAAGAACAAAAGAAAAGGUGUGCCAGUAUGUGUCCAAAGUGGAUAAGACUAUUGAAAUAGUAGGAUUCUCCCCUCGGCAGAGAGAACUGUACGUAACCAAAUACUUUGAAGGAUUACCCUCGUGCAGUAAUGCACUGAAUUUAAUCAAAGAGCGUGAGUACCUCUACAGUUAUUGUUACAGCCCUGUUAUGUGUAGAUUUGUUUGUUUUCUCUGCGAGGCAGUACUUGAAAUGGGAGACCAAGGCCUUCCUUCAACUCUUACUACACUCUUCCUGAAAUUUGUUCAGCAAAAAAUAAUGCCUACGCAAACAGAUGUUACAGAUGUUACACUUGCACAAAACCAAGAGAAUCUUGCUACGCUAGCCUGUAUAGCCUGGUAUCUUGGAGAAAAGCACCAAAGUGCCAUGAAAAGUGACCUUCUUCCUUCUAAGAAAGUUAAAGAGUUUGCUCUGAAAAAUGGAUUUUUCCUGCCAUUUGCAUUCCCCAAACAUUCAGGUACAGGAGAAGAGGAAUAUGGGACCAUGUUCUCCGAUUUUGUCAUUCAGAAUUUCUUGGGUGCACUUCACCUUAUAUUAGCAGAAGGCAUCAAGGACAAAAGUCUAAUAAAGUAUCUGUCUUUUCCAUCCAAAAAGAAGAAACCUUAUAACUGGUUACAUUUAGUGCCUCGAUUUUUGGCUGGAUUGUUAUUCCUCCAGGAUGACACCUACUUCUGCUCUUCAAACAAGGGUGUAAAAAAAUCAACCAAGAAGCAGAAAAUGCUCCUGAAAUAUAUUAAAAGAUUGCAAAUAAACAACCUCUGUCCAGAGAGGUUACUUGAGCUUUUGCACUGUAUUUAUGAAACACAAAACAAUUAUCUCCUGCAGCACGUGGCCUUAAGGCUCAAACCAGAUCUGUCCUUUCUGGGCGUUGUUCUUACACCACCUGAUGUCCAUGUACUGUCCUCUACUUUAAAAAGGUCAAGAAAAGAAUUUUCCUUGGAUUUGCAGAACAGCAGUAUUGACACGCAUGGGCUGAAAGACUUGGUUGGCCUGAAGAAUGUGACAUCAUUCAGGGCCUCCCUCAGUGAUACAAUCAAGCUAUGGAAAUAUUUAGAACAGACAAAAGACUAUGAACUGCUGAGAGUGUCUACAGAAAAAUUUGUUCUUGAUCCCUUUAAGGCAAAAACAAUGAAAGACAUCAGUGACCUUUCUGACCUUGUAGAAAUGCAGGAGAUAAUAAUCAAUUGUGUGCAAGAUGCCUCUGGUUGCAGCAGCUAUGAAAUUCCUGCCGUAAAAAACCUGAGAAAACUAGAAUUUGCUCUGGGUCCAGCACAUGGCCUUCAGGGAUUCCUAAAACUCGUGGAAAUUCUUGCAGCAUUUCCAUCACUGCAGCAUUUAGACCUUGAUGCUCUGAGUGAAAAUGGCAUAGGAGAUGAAGGAGCAAAGAGUCUGUCUGAAGUCUUUCCAACACUGACAUCACUGGAAACAUUAAACUUGUCACAGAAUAAGAUAACAGAUGUGGGUGCAGAGAAACUAGCUACAGCUCUUCCCUCCUUGUCUUCAUUAACAACACUAAGCUUAUACAACAACAGCAUUUGUGAUUUUGGAGCGGAAAACCUUGCAAAAGUCCUUCCUGCAAUGGCUUCUUUAAGAGUGCUGGACAUUCAGUAUAACAAAAUAACUGGUGUUGGAGCCCAACAGCUGACUGACAGCCUAAGAAAAUGUCCCCAUAUAAAAAAUUUGGUGAUGUGGAAUCCUACAAUUCCAUAUGGAGUUCUUGAACACCUUCAGCAGCUGGACUCUAGGAUCAGUGUGUAGGUUCAGAUGAUCCUAUAAAGGUAACAUAAAGAAGAGGGGAAGGUCUCUUCGUUGUUUUCCUAUCUUACCACUUUACACAGCAGGAAUUAAAUGCCAACUUUUGUGAUGGUGGCAACAUGAAAAAAGUCACACUGAACCUUCUGGGUGAUGCUUGAAGUGGGUGAAUGAUGGAGUUCACAUUUUUAAGAGGUCAUUUAAAGUGCUUUUUAAAAACUCAGUUGCGUCUCCAAUGAAUUGAUGAACAGUUAAGUAACACAUUUCACAGAAGAACAAUUGGAUAACUUUCACUAUUAAAAGUGAACAGGAGUCACCAGCUUAUUGACAGUAGGAAAUUCUAUCGAUUCAUCGAAGCGUACGCUAUAAGCUGCUGCACCUGCAACAUCUGAAGUCAUGAGAGAUGAAAACUAAUUGUUUGUGGUGCCACUGAUAAACACAAUUAAGGUUGUUUUGAUUUUGGACUACCAAAGUUGGAGUUUUCAUCUGUAAGUCUGGACUAAAUGGAAGUGUUUGGGUCAGAAACAUAAGAACAACCAGACUGAAAAACAGUCUGAAAUUGUAAUGUUGUCCUUGGGAAUCUAGAAGUGGCUCUUUUCUUCAUGCUCAUUAUCAAUGCUCUCUUAAGAAAGAUAUUUUUUAUCAAAUAACUGUCUUGUUACAGAUUCCUUCAAAAAGAUUGGAGGGAGAAGAGAGAUGAAUUAAAACUGAAAAAGUAUCAUGGAUUUUUCUGAUGAUGUGACAGAAAUCCAAUUAUAUACAAACAGCUCCAGCCUAGUGCACAAAAAUCUUCAGAGUGACAUUGCUUAAAGUUUUUUACUCUGUCACAAAUGGAAACUUUACAAGCGUGAGUUUUUUUUCUAUUUUUUUGUGAAAGAUUUCACUCAAUGCGAGCUAUUACAAAAAGAGAUUCUGGGUUGUAAAGUGUCAGCUGAAGUAUUUGUGGAUGAAAUUCUGAGGAACUGAAAACAAAAACUGGACUUCUGAAACCAAUUUUUCUUCUCAUUCAUAUAUUUGAAUUGAGAUUGAAUUGUCACCUGCAAGUGUGAUACUAAAUCUAUUUUAUACUUGAAAAUGAAAUCACUACUUUGUAUUCUUGAUGUGGUCUGCUUCUACAGAGUUAAGAAGAAUUAGGCAAUGACAGGAAAUCACAUAUUUCAAAGAAUUAACAUGGAUCUGUUUUGCUGGCCUCAGUGUUAUGUGAGCCAAAUCCUGGUCCUGCUGAAAGCAAUGGCAAAACAGUAGUCUCCUUUUCUUGCACUUCAGCCCUCUGAACACAGAAAAAAAUAAUAAUUGUACGGAGGCAAUUGUCAGGACUAGCUCCCUGCAUGUCUAGAUGCAAGCUGGAGACAAGUUGGAUGGUAGAAGCUAGCAUUCAGUAUGCUACAGAUUGGGAAGGGAGGGCUGUGUACCUCAUUUUGCUGACUUGCUCAGCAGCCUCCUUUAAGUCUCUUUUGCAAGGAAGCAUUGACAACACUGAUCAAAGAUCUUUGCAAAGGAGCAUCUCUCAACUCACCUUCCAAAUAUUUUGUUACUUUGUUUGAAAAUAUCCCCAACUUAAACAGUUCAGAACCUCAAUCUUUGUUCCUUCCAGCAAUUUCUAUGUUUCCACUUACGUUUCUGCACCUGCAGAAUCUUGACAAUUUAAAGAAAGAAGGAAGGAAGGUCUUCUAAUUUAUUGUUUCUGUUCAAAAAAAGUCAGGAUCCAGACCUAGCAUAUAGAAGUAAUAGUACAGGAAAGCAAGGUAAAAAACACUAUGGAGAAUGCGAUUUUAACCAGAAAAUUAUAUUUUCCUUCAAUAUUUCCUUCAGUCUUCAAAUUCUAGCCAGAGGUGUGGAAAAAUCUCAUUUAUGUUCCUCUCUUUAAGCUGCUUGAAUGGGAAGUAGCUUGAGCUAAAUUCAGUGUGACAUUCCCAUCAGCCUACUGCACUCCAGCCACACAGAGCUACAGUGAGCACUCCUCUCGGCUUCCUUGGACCACACUUAGGAUGACAAAUGCCCCUUUAGGGAUAUAUUCUGCAGCCAGCCUUAGAUUCAGGCUGUGACUGAAUCUAAGAAUAUGCUAACUAUUAGGGAGGCAGCUGAAUGUUACAGCACUCUGUACUGCUAAAACAGUGUUGGGUAUUCUACUGUUCUCUUAGAGGGAGAUGUAUGCUUAUAAUGUAGAUUGUAAAUUGUGAUGCAGUGUUUUGGUCAUCUUUAUACAUCUUUUUGGAAAGUAUUAAUAAAAGUGAGUAUUCCUUUUUACAGUA